GAUGUUGUAGUAAAACAUGUGUGCACAAUUUUAAAACAACAUUUUGUUAUUAUGCAAGAGUUUUUCUUUGACUUUUAAAAGAGAAGCUUUGGUGUUAUUGACACAGUUUCAUUGAUAGUUCAAAAUCAUUGAGUUCCACUACAUUAAGCAUGAUUUUAAUUUUUAAUUGGUAAAUUAUGAGCCUUCUGAGGGGACUUCUUGCCAGUCGGCACCUGACCGCCGUCCCUUUCAAACGGAAGGUGACCACCUGGUCAAACUUAGCCACUGCUUUCAAUUCAAAACCUGAGCACAGAAUUAACUUCGGAAUAACAAAAAACGAUGCCGGUUUAUUUGGAGUGCCUGAGCUUCGAAGCGCUGAUGGAUUCUACCUAUUGCAACAACAGGCUGAAUAUGAAACAGAAAAGCUCAUUGAAGAGACGGGGUCCAAAACCAGACAAAGGGCAAUGGUCAAAGUCUUUGAUGAGAUGUCUGACUGUCUAUGCAGAGUUGCUGAUCUUGCCGAGUUUGUACGCAUUGCCCACCCCAAGGCCUCGUACACUCAGGCUGCAGAAAAUGCUUGCAUAGCAAUUAGUGGAAUUGUAGAAAGAUUAAAUACUCAUCCCGAGCUGUAUCAUCGGCUAAAAUCUGUUUUGGGGAACAAAGACAUUGUCCCAACAAGUGCCCUAGAUGAUCAUGUUGCUGAAUUAUUCCUCUUCGAUUUCGAGCAGAGUGGAAUCCACCUCUCCGAGUCUGAACGUCAAAAAGUGGUCAACUUAAAUAAUUCAAUACUGCAGUAUGGUCAGCGCUUUAUGACUGGAUGCAUUUCUCCAAGAUCAGUACCAAAAAGCGAGUUUCCCACGAGCACCAGACACUUAUUUAUGGCUGAUGGGGAAAACUUGAUUGUGACUGGACUUUAUGCUGAUUCUGGCAGCGAUUUGGCGCGGCAAACGGCGUACAAAAUGUUCCUUCAGCCUGAUGAGCUGCAGGAAUAUUUUUUAUCAGAAAUGCUGACCAACAGGCACGAACUAGCCAAAUUGUGUGGAUUCCCAACCUACGCCCACAGAGCAUUAAAAUCAAGCACUGCCGAGACGCCACAAAUGGUCUCGGAAUUUUUGGACCAGCUUUCUUCGGAAUUGAAACCGAGGGCCGAACAGGAUUUCCUCAGUAUGCAGAGAUUAAAAAUUGCUGAAAAUCCUGAGUCGAAAAGUUUAGCUGCAUGGGACGUUCCUUACCUGACCCACAAAGUGAAGAAAGCGUGGCUCCAGCUUGGAACAGGAGCUGAAUUUGCACCCUACUUGUCGUUGGGAGCUUGCAUGGAAGGGCUUGACAAUUUGAUCCACUCCCUGUACAACAUUCGACUUGUGAAUGCCGAGAUGGAGUUCGGAGAGUCAUGGAGCCCUGAGGUUUACAAACUAGCUGUGGUUCACAAUGAUGAAGGUCUGCUAGGUCACAUUUACUGUGAUUUCUAUGAACGAACAAACAAACCCAAUCAAGACUGCCACUUUACUAUAAGAGGAGGAAAGCAACUUCCUGAUGGAACUUAUCAGAAUCCCAUCGUUGUACUUAUGUUGAGUCUUCCAACACCCAGAUGGUCAAGUCCAUCCCUUUUGUCUCCUUCCAUGGUUGACAACUUGUUCCACGAAAUGGGCCACGCUUUACAUUCUAUGCUAGCCAGGACAAAGUACCAACAUGUCACGGGCACUCGAUGUGCAACUGACUUUGCAGAAGUUCCCUCUGUUUUAAUGGAAUAUUUUGCUGCAGAUCCACGAGUAAUUAGAAGCUUUGCGCGUCACUACCAGACCCAUGAGCCAAUUCCCGAUGCUAUGUUGGCCCGACUUUGUGCUUCGAAAAACGUCUUUGCUGCUUCAGAAAUGCAGCUUCAAGUGUUUUACUCUGCAUUAGAUCAAAUGUACCAUGGACAUCACCCACUACCAGGGAAAGACACAACAGAAAUUUUAAAAAUGGUCCAAGAAAAACAUUAUGGCUUACCUUACGUUGACAAUACUGCAUGGCAGUUGCGGUUCAGCCACCUGGUGGGCUACGGUGCCAAGUACUAUUCUUAUCUUUUGUCAAGAGCAAUAGCAUCCUGGAUUUGGCAGCAGUAUUUUGAAGAGAAUCCAUUUUGCAGCGAUGCAGGCGAACGGUUUCGAAGAGAGUGUCUGGCCCACGGCGGAGGCUUGCCCCCAAGGCAGCUAGUUGCUGCCGCUUUGGGCAGACAAGUAACCCCACAGCAAUUGGCAUCAGCUCUAGUCAGAGACCUGGAGGCCAGGGACAAAAUUGUCAACCAAGUUGUUAACAAAUGUCUGUGAUUUGACCCGAUUCAUAAUUCAUUUUUGUGGUUCUCUCUACGCGCUAGUGUUGUGACAAAAAUUUAUUGAAUAAAUAAAAACAGUAUUCAGCAAAAAGCAGGAUGAA